AUGUGGAGCAAUAAAAGGUGACAACAGCACAGUUUUCGCCGGGAACUUCGGACGCAGGUCAGCAAUCCUGCUGACAUUUAUCGGAUCACAUCAGCGUAUAAAUACAGUGAUGAGCUCAGACAGUUUCUCAGAUCAGGAUUCACUGAGGUGUCCACUUGUCUCAUCAUCAUGAGGAUGUUUGCAGUUAUCUUCGCUCUGGCAGUUUGGUCAGGCUGCCAGGCCAAAAGUGUUCCUCAGACAGAUGGGAGGAAUCCCUGGCUCCUCAACGUCGAUGAGUUUGCGGAUUAUUUCAGUGACUUGAGCUCAAAAGCUGACGAGUUUGUCAAGAACACCAAGAAUUCCCAGAUCAACAGAGAACUGGACACCUUGAUACGGGACAGCAUGUCCGAGCUGACCUCGUACAGCAAGGAUGUGCAGGACAAACUGGCCCCGUACACGCAGGAGGCCGCAAAGAAUCUGGGCGAGGACCUGAAGACAAUGGCCGACAAACUCCGCCAGCACAUGGAGGAGGCCCGGGAGCAGAUGGACAAGUAUGUCCAGGAGCUGCAUACCAUGAUGGAGCAGAACGCCGACGACGUCAGGAUCAGGCUGACGGCCUACAACCGCAAGAUGAAGAAACGCCUCACCAAGGACACGGAGGGCAUCAAGAGACAAGUUGGUGACUUCUUUGAGGAGCUUCAGACUCGUACGUCGGACAACAUGGAGGAGGUGAAGACUCGCUUUGAGCCGUACUUCUCUAAGGUGCAGGACAACGCUCAGGCCAAGAUCUCCACACUCAACGACCUGCUCAAGUCCCAGACGGACAACCUGCAGGACAAGAUCCAGGCCACAGCCGAGGACCUGCGCUCCACCCUGGAGGACAAGAUGAAGGAUGUGUCCAUCUGGUUCCAGCCUCUUGUCAACCUGUUCCAGGAGAAUGAGUAAAGGCUUUACUCAAAGCAUCAGGAAUGACCACCAGAGCCUUUGUGUGGUUAUAAGGAUUCAUCAAUAAAGAUGGUUAAAGGGA